AUGGACAUGAUCUUCUACUUUUGUUGUAAGUUGUUUAAAACACCAAUAAAUGUGACAAAAGUUGGCCAACUAGGUAAUGAUGGGUUCAAAGAUUGGCAUAAUUUGCAUCGGUCUAUUAAAAGUCAUGAAGGAAAUGAGGAGCAUUUACGUUGCAUGACUAGUUGGAUUGAAUUGGAAAAUAGAUUUCGAUCAAAAACUACAAUUGAUAAAAGCGUUGAAUUGUUGAUUGAUGCUGAAAGAGAACAUUGGAGACAUGUAUUAACAAGGAUAAUCGCUAUUGUUAAAAGACUUGCGAAAAACACAUUGCCAUUUCGAGGAGAUGAUGAGAGGCUACAUGUUGAGAACAAUGGCCUAUUUUUACAAAUGGUCGAAAUGGUUAGUGAAUUUGAUCCAGUAAUGCAAGAGCACCUUCGGCGGGCUAAAGCAAAAGAGAUUCAAUAUACGUAUCUUGAUGCAAGUCAGGAGGAGCAAAUGUCUUUAAUUGUACGAUUUGUAGAUAAUUCGUCAAACUUACCUACAGUUCAAGAACAUUGGCUCGAAUUUUUGAAGGUAGAUGACACAACAGGACUUGGACUUGCAACCGAGCUUCAAAAGGCUUUGAUAAAAAUUGAUCUUGAUAUUGAUGAUAUUAGAGGGCAAGGGUAUGACAAUGGAUCUAACAUGAGCGGGAAGCACAAAGAUAAUGUUCAAGGGUUGACAGUCAAGCCAUUGUCACAAUCACGUUGGGAAAGUCAUGUUGAAAGUGUGAAGCCUAUAAUGGAGCAAACUGCACAGAUAAGAGAUGCAUUACUUGAUUUAGCAGAAAGUAAUGAAGAUUCUAAAGUGAAGAGUGAAGCCGAGUCAUUAGCAACACAUGAACUUCAAAAUUUUGAGUUUUUGUUUGGCAUGAUAAUCUGCCACAGAUUGUUGCAUGCUGUUAAUAUUGUGAGUAAAUUUCUUCAAACCGAAUCCAUAGAUAUUGAUCAUGUUAUUGACAUCUUGCAAGGACUUGUUUCAUUUCUUGAAGAAUACAGAGAAAUUGGAUUUGCUAUUGUCAAAGAUGAAGCGACAAAAAAGAAAUAUCUUCAACAUAAUGGGCGUUCGGAUAUCAGUGGGGAUGAUUUAUGUUUGGAGUUACAAGUCUUGAGGUGUUAUAUACCAAGUGAAGCAACAAGAGCAAUUGAAGUGCUACAAUACUUGAAGACAUUGGAUGUUUGUUUUUCAAAUGCUUAUAUUGCUUACCAAAUGUUGUUAACCAUACCGGUUACAGUUGCAUUUGCAGAAAGAAGUUUCUCGAAAUUAAAGUUGAUCAAGAUCUAUUUUCGAUCAACUAUGUCGCAAGAAAGAUUAAAUGGGUUGGCUAUGCUAUCAAUAGAAAAAGAAAUGGUUGAGCAGCUAAAAAUGGCUGCCGAACCAACCAACAUGGAUGUGACCCAAACUGUUCCUGCUGGAAAUCAAGUUGUGGUUAAUCAUGGAGAGAAAUCGGAGAAAUUCAAUGGCUUGAAUUUCAAGAGGUGGAAGCAGAAAAUGCUGUUUUACCUGACCACCUUGAAUCUUGCGAGAUUCUUGAUUGAGACUGUUACUGUACUCAAUGAAGGAUAA